AUAACGCCACGUGCUGGGAACUUUGGUCUUUAGCCAGCCGGGGUGCGAUGAUGAGCUCCUGUGAUGUAGUUGCGAGUGAUCUGGAGCUUUCCAAAAAGAAGAAGCGGCGAAAGUCGGAAGCUACAGCAGAGGUCGGAGAUGCGCCUCCAACAGAAAAGAAAGGGGCACGUGACUUUGUCAUCCAACCGAGCGAUGCAAAGCCGAAGUUGGACGCCUCCCAAUGGCCCCUACUGCUGAAGAACUACCACAGGAUGGUGGUGAGGACGGGUCAUUACACACCACUGGAGGCAGGCUGCUCUCCACUGCAAAGACCAAUAUCAGACUAUGUCAAACAUGGGUUUAUCAACCUCGACAAGCCGGCCAAUCCAUCUUCACACGAGGUGGUGGCUUGGAUCAGGAGGAUUCUGCGUGUGGAGAAGACAGGUCACAGCGGGACACUGGAUCCUCAGGUCACCGGCUGUCUCAUUGUCUGCAUCGACCGAGCCACUCGACUGGUCAAGAGUCAGCAGGGGGCAGGGAAAGAGUACGUUUGUGUUGUUCGACUUCACGAUGCCGUACCCAGCAAGGCCAAACUGGCUCAGACCCUGGAUGGAAUGGUUGGUGCACUGUUCCAAAGACCUCCCCUCAUUUCUGCCGUCAAGCGACAGCUACGAGUCCGCACCAUCUACAAGAAUAAACUCCUGGAGUUCGACUCUGAAAGAAAACUAGGUGUGUUCUGGGUGAGUUGUGAAGCAGGGACCUACAUCAGGAGCCUGUGUGUCCACCUGGGGCUAAUGCUGGGGGUCGGAGGUCACAUGCAGGAGCUGCGCCGAGUCCGUUCCGGGAUCCAGUCUGAGAAUGAUAGACUGGUGACAAUGCAUGAUGUAAUGGAUGCACAGUGGGUGCUGGACAACCAUAUAGAUGAGUCCUACAUGAGGAGAGUGGAUAUAUAUAUACUCCUGGUCAAUAUCUGUAUUGAGAUUUACUACACACAGUUUCCUAACGAGUCCUACAUAGGAGAGUGUAAACCUGGGCACCCUGGUUUCUCACAGGAGGAUUGUGCUCAAAGACAGUGCGGAAUAGAGCCAGGCAUGGAAAUUGCCAUCAUCACAACCAAGGGAGAGGCCGUGGCUCUCGGUAUUGGGAUGAUGGGGACGGCUGAGAUGGUUACUUGCGAUCACGGAUUCUGUGCCAAGAUAAAGAGAGUCAUCAUGAAUAGAGACGUGUACCCUCGCAAGUGGGGUCUGGGUCCAAAGGUCAGCUGAAACCUCUAGUCACGUGACAGUCGUGUGACUUACUGCCCUGCUACAGGCUCUGAAGAAGAAGCAGCUGAUAGCCGCCGGAAAGUUGGGAAAGUUUGGGAAAGUGCUGGAGAGUACACCGCAGGACGUCCGGAAAGAGUUUCAGUAGUGAGUAUUAGUCAUGUGAUGGUCACGUGAUCAGUAUGUGGGUCACAUGGUUUUUAUGAAGUGUCAUGUGAUAGUCACAUGACCAUUGUGUUGGGUUGCAUGUGUCUUUAACGUUGGUUUCUCUGUUGCAGUGGUCGAGACGGUAAAGUAAAGGAGCCAGUGGAAGAGAGGGAGGGAGGAGGGGAGGCGAGUGCGUUGUCUGAGAAACGACCAAGUGAAGAGGAGGGAGAGGAGGUGGAGGUGGCUGGCAAGUCAAAGAAGAAGAAGAAGAAGAGGAAGAAAGAAACUGAUUCAGAAGGUGAAGUCGUGCCCGAAAAACCAAAGAAGAAAAAGCACAAAAAGAAGUCAGAAGACACGGAAUGAGGCACCAAGCAACUGACUUUAUUAGUAGCCACCUCCCUCUCUCUCCAACCAAUCACUGUCUAUACAGGUAUCCAAGUGUUGCCACGGUACCGAUUACCAUGGCAACCAGAAAAUGCUACCCCACCCAUUCAUUGUAUACUUGGUAUUAUACAUUCAUGUGCAACAAAAUAUUUCGUUAAAAAUAAUCACAUUGUUCAUUGCAUAUACAACAUGGUGGACAGGAAAAAUUAAUAAUGUUAUGUAAUCACCUCUAUAACAAUAAUCUUACACCACGGGCUAUAAAUUAGUGACAUAAGAAUGCAUAAUAAUGACUCCAGUACAUACAUACACACCAAGCCCUAUACACCAUACCACACAGUUAUUAUAAUGCGACAUUUUGAGACGAGAAAAGUCAGUUUUUUUAAGAACGAUAGCUAACACUGUAUACAGGUGGACAACAAGUGGACUGCUGUAUGUUAGUGGGACGACUCGUCUGUUGAGAGCCAUGAAAUAUACC